GUAAAAGAUUGCCGCUGUAAUAUAUAAAGAAUAGCUCUAUUAAAUGGGUCAGUAAUCGUUAUAAACUACAAUAAAGCAAUUGACAUUCUACAAAAGUCUUUGUUUUAAAAAUGAAACACCUUGCAAUUGUUUUCUCAAUUUUCUUGUUUAUAAACGUUAGUCAAUCUACACCUUUUAAGGAAUGCAACAAGGGACAAAGACCUCCUACGAAUCUCAGAAUUAACGGUUGUGAAGACUUUCCUUGCAAAAUUUACAGAGGAAAAAAUAUUACUGCAGAGUGGGAUUUUAUUGUCAAUGCUCCAACAAAAGCUUUAACACCAAAAGUGACAGCAUAUGUACUGGAAACAUCAGUUGUAUAUCCCUUCGCUCAGAAAAAUGCAUGCGAUACUCUAAUAAAUGGAGAGUGUCCUUUGAGUAAGGGAGAUGAAGUGACUUAUUCUUUAAACAUGCCAGUACUCUCAGCUUAUCCCAAAAUAAAAUUAAGCAUUCAAUUUGAAUUUUUCGACGAUAAUGGAAACGUUCAAGUUUGUUUCAUUGUUCCUUCCAAAGUUGUAUAAGUAACAAAUAAAAUGAAUAUGUUUAAAAUUCACCCAGUGGGCACAGGGAUGUCAUUUAAGACGUCUAUUUUUCUUCGUAGACAAUUAUCAAAUAUACAAUCUGGUUACUAAUUAGAGAUGCCCUAAAAACGUCUUUCGCCCAAGUACAAAGAACGUCCUUAAAAAGACAUCCUUCUGAUGUCUUUUAAUCAAGUGUGCACAUUUAUUUACAAAUAACUGUAAUGUACUUUUUAAAAAUAUCAGACUGAAAAUAUGUACGAAAUAUAAACGUAUUUUUACAUUUUAAAGAGUAUUUAUUAAUUUAAUGUCAUUGUUAUUGUAAAUAAAUACAUUAUUAAUAAAAAUAACCAAAUAAA